GAUAAUCAACUCGUAUAUUUUCAUCGGCGUUAUUAUCAAACAUAUUCUCAGCAACGGCUUCAGAUCAAACACUUUAUAAUUACAUUACACUUGUAUACCACUGAUACCGUUUAUUUGAUUCUCCAAUCUUUGGACGAAAGGAAAUAUAAAUUCUUCCUUCACGGUUAUCCUUACUGUCAAAAGUUUCGGUAGGACGAAGAGAUUGUUAUGACAUGGUUAAAGUGGUUUUCUAGAGGAUGAGACGUGCAGAAAAACUUGUGGAUAUAGGAUUUGUCUUCUAACUUCACCUUGAUAAUAUUUUGGGUCAGUAUAUUCACUCCCCUUAUCUUCAGUAUACUCUCAACCUCUACUUCUACUUCCGUCUUGAGUAAUUCUAAACUCUCUCUCCAACUCGAUUCCGUCACGAACUCGAAGUUUGUAAAUCAAGACAACCCUCAAAACUAUAACUUAAACUGGUCUUUCCGAAUUUUCAUAUAAAUUGCGGCUGAUUUCAACCAAAUCAACCAAUUCGAUAUUCUCCAGGAUGUCACCACCUCCCUCCCCCAAAUCAAAUGGCACUUCAUUUCCAAAUUACAUAAUCUCUCGCCUUUCUGAAGACGUCAGCAUGCAAUCUGUUCCCGAGAACAGUACAUACCAAACCGCAGGAGAUGAUGUACCCGUUGACUCACUACCUCCAUUUGCCGAGCGUCAAUUUCAAUCAUUUCUCGAGAGAAGAGCUCUUGAGCGAGCAGAAAAUCCCGAUCUGGUUGAUCCUCGAUCUAUCCCAAGAACAAACCCUUUAAUUGACCCUACCGCUUUAUCCACACUAUCCGGUCCUAUCGAACAACAAUCCCGUCAAGAUCAUAAUUCUACAAGUGGUACAGAGCAUGAAAUGGGUAUCCCACCAAUUGAUGAAACCACCGAGAUUCGCAAUCCCAUUACAGGUGACGUUAUACGUGUUCUUGCAUUUGAACGCUUCAACGCACGGCGCCGAGCCCGAGGACUCCCACAAUACCGAAUCAUUAGAUCCCUAGGCCCAGGAAACCGAUCGCGUAGAGGAGAUAGCACGAGAAGAAAUCAACGUGCUCGAAGAAACGCCCGCGGUGCAGCAUCGGGUGGCGGUCUCGCGAACCCAUCACGUUCAUCUUCAGGCCCGGCCCCUGAACUUUCACUUGCGGCUAAUCUAGAUGCUGAUGAUGAGGCCGUGGAUCCAAAUGUAGAUCCGGAUUCGCCUCUUCCGGAUCCAGCUAUGAAUCUGGAUAAUUUUACCGCGAGGAGAGAUGUUCGUAGACAGAGCACAUUGUCUAACGUAGUUUCUACAAGCGACGAAGAGUCUGCAGAUGAAGAAACUGAUGAUGGUAUAAACUACAUUAAAGGGUACACUCCCGCUUUUGGAAGUGGGAAAAUGAGAUACGAGAAAAUGUUCGACGAUCUACAAGCAAGACGUACAUAUGAGGCUUCCGCAAGACCUCGUUCUAGAGAGUCACCUUUAGUUGCAUCUGCAUCUGCAUUUCAAUCCACAUCAAACAGCAGUACAGAAGCACAACCCGCAGCUCAAACAACCACAACCGCAACCGCAGCCGCAGCCGGAGCAGGAGCAGGAGCAGAAAACACGACACUGGUUUCGGAGAGCAUGAGAGAGCAGCCCGUUGUGAAUGAGAUGCCGAUUUCGAAAUUGGUGAUUAGGGGGGCGAAGUAGAGAUGGAUGGAUGAUGGAUGAGUGAUGGGUGAUGAGGAUGUGAGGAUGAGAAUCCGAGUAUGUUUAAGUUGGUCUUGAAGUGGAAAUUCAUACAUCGCGCAUCGUCGCGUCGUCGCGUCGGGAUACGGAUACGGAUACGGAUACUUGCCUAAUUUAAAAAUGAUGGUGCUGGAAUCUGCAUGUUACGAUGCGUUGAGCCAGGGAAAUAGAGAAACAGGGAAUAACAAACAUUAGACAGUAAAUAAAAGCGAUGGAAUAAAUAUGAUUAAA